AUUUAUUACUACUAGAGAACAUUUUCGUGCAUUGUUUACCAAUCCACGUCUGAAUUCAGCAUCUAAUGUUCAUCUCUUUUAUUUCAUUUCCAGGUAACGCUCAACAAAUAUGACAACGAAUUUGACCAACUACGUGAAAAACACAAUUUACCCAUUCAUCAUCGGUACGCCGAAACAGAUAAGCAUCCACCCAAUCCAUCAGAUAUUGAAAAUGCAACCAAGACUUGCUACGAGAUGGAACGAUACCUGAAAGAUGAACCAAAACUUCAGACCUACAAGAAGCUGCCCGCUGACCUAGACACACCAUGGGACCUGUUUGCCGCGCCCGGACCUAUCUCCGGCUGGAAAGUAGAAGUAGAUUCGUGUUGUUUAGAAGAUUUAAAUUUAAAUGAUAGACAUUUAGACUCACACUCAAACUCAUCAUCAUCUUCCACCUCGUCGUCACCCUGCUCCGGAUCGUGGGACAGCAGUUCCUCGCUCAGUUGUGCGGUGGUGGUGAAAAAAGAACGCCUCGAUCCGGACGACGACGAGGACAAUAAUAGCGACAGCUACGACGAACAAAGCGAAAAGUUUGGCAAAAUCACCCUGCAUCAUCACCUCCACCACCAGAACGCAAUCGAACUGAGGCUAGUGGCGCGAGCGACGACCUCCGACCUGUUACCAACGUUAACGCCUCCCUCCUCACCGGAAUCACACCUCAGCAUAGGCAGCAAACUGACGGCGACAGUGAAAUCCGAACCAGAAAUCGCGCUUCUCGACCAUCAGGGUUUUCUGAGGGUAUCCACGGGGACGCACAUACCAAGGAAUGCCAUUGUCCGACUGACGACCUCCAGCAGUAAAGGCACGGUCGGGUUAACGCGAGUGAUACAGGUCAGUCCCCAGCUGCAAGCCGCCAUCGCCCAGCGGAGUUCCACGUCGUCCCCAAGUGCAUCGUUAUCGGCAGUUACCAGCGCGAAACACCACCAGCGGCAGCACGAUCACAGUCCCGACUCGAAACGACGGAUACACAAGUGUCAAUUUCUCGGCUGUAAAAAAGUCUACACGAAAAGCUCGCACCUGAAAGCGCACCAACGAACGCAUACAGGCGAGAAACCCUACAAAUGCUCCUGGGAUGGAUGCGAAUGGCGCUUUGCCCGCAGCGAUGAACUCACCCGCCACUACCGAAAGCACACCGGAGCGAAACCAUUCAAAUGCCGGCACUGUGACCGGUGUUUCUCCCGCUCGGACCAUUUGGCACUGCACAUGAAACGGCAUGCCUAAGUCAGUCGAAUGCGAAGUCGGCGUGGGAGAGAAGGAGGAAGCCCAGCAGGAAGUGGACUAUCCCUGGCACCCCGAUUAAAAGAGCUUGUAUCAUCCUCUACGGUCAACACAUCCCCAAACACACAGCCACACACACAUACAGAAUAGUAAGAGCAACGACAACUGAAACACUUCCAAAGUUAAUGGGGGCGGUGAAACCGUUGCCCAUCACCUUGAGAUGAUUCCGUUUGAAAAGUAUUUCCUGUAAACAAACUCACAUUUAGACAUUUAGGAAACUUUAGAAGACUAGAAUGAACCUCUUCCCCUCAGCCAUUGUCAUUAUCAUCACACACACACCAUCACCAAUGCCAUCAUUACAAUCAUCAUUUUCGUCAUUGAUAUGAUCCUGCUCGCUAUCGUCCCCGAAUAAACACAUCAUUAUCUAGAAAAGUUUUCUCAUUAGACUAUUAUACACCAGGACGUAAGUUUUUAGAAACGCGAGUGAGAAAUAGAGAAGCGGUUAGCAAACGUAUAUAAGCUGAUUUUAGAGCAGACGGUGGAUUAGAAGAAAAUCCAGAUGCACCGGAUCUGGCAAUUCCAAGCGUUUUCGGAAAACCAAAAUUUGAGUAUUGGUAUUAUUGUAUCUGUAUUAGUAGGGCAAAAUGGAAAUUGUCUCUUUGUAUUUUAAUUAGUUUUAAGAGUCACAUCACCAUCCCUCACGUGUGUCGGGAGUUCCCAAUCGACACGCUCUACCACAUCAACAUUCAAUAAGGCGUUUUCAUACUUUAGCAUAAUUGUAGUGUAGUUUCCUAAGUAUGCGUAUGACUUUGUUGUUAUAGUCAAGUAAAUUUAACAUUCUUCAAGUUAAAAAGGAUUUCGUAUCUAAUGUGGCCAUUUUAGGAUUUAAGAUUUUUGUUUUGUUUUCGUUUUUCCCUUUAGUUUUAUUUGCAAAAGUUUAAGACUAAAGAUAAUAUAGCUUGUUUUCUGUUCUUCCGUCAGGUGAGCAAAGUAAACGAGAGAAGAAAUACAAUUAUCCAACAAUAUUGAAGAAAACAUCACUGCCAAAACAAAACAAAAACAUUUCGACUAGGAUAAGGUCCGAAGGUUUAACUUUGCAAACUUGCUUCACAGUUCUGCUAAUUUUGUCAGGUUUUCUUCAUUGAACUUAAAAAAAUGGAAAUUAAACAUAUCCUGCCCUUGAAUUUUAUAAUUCUUAGUGUUAAUAUAGAAAAACUAUAUGUAUAGAUAAUGCGACGCCACUUCAACAUUUGAAGUUUAACUUUUUGUUCUAAUUAAUGCUGGUGGCUUCAGUACUUCCUUGACAUAGAACGUUGCUUUCAAGCUUGUUUUCCAUCGGGUAAAACUACCAAAAUUCAUUGAACAAAAACCUCGUAACCCAUGACUUUUCAACUUGAAAAAGUAACACGACUUUGACACAAACAUUACAUUCACACAACAAUUCACACUCAAGCGGAAGGUGAUUCAAAUUGACCGCGAAUGUAAAAAAAAUUAAAACAAGAAACGGAGAAAUAUCCUAUCGAUUGCGUGAUGCAAUUUCUGUGAUCUGCAUACAGCAUUUUUCGAGUGACCGCCGGUGGUCAGAUUUAUACAGCAACAACAACAAAAUAAUAAAAAAAAACUAACACAUAGAGUAAAAUAACACAGGUGACUAAAACGAUUGCAUAGUAUAUGGAGGAACAUUUCAACGGAGCGAAUGAAGAAGAAGAAACAAGCAACGCAAAUAAAAAAUGACACACGCAUACCACGUAGUUGUGAGACAAGUAGCUGCAUUCACUCUUACCUGUAGGAUUGUGUAGAACCUAGAGCAGUGUGGAUUGAUUGGUGUUUUAACGUUUCGUUCGUUCGGUGCUGCCCUCGUAGGGUCAGUGUUUUCUUUGGUUAGGUUUCGGAUAUUGACAUGUGCUUGACUACACACGGUGCAGAGAAAUUAUUGCGCAGACUCUAUACUGGACUGGAUGGAGUUGUACAGUACCCUAAAGCCAACUGUCGGACUAAAUGUGAUCCGUUGAUACGCAUCGUGUUUCAUUAGUAACGUACAGCACCGGUGGUUUUGCAUCCCACGUUAUCAUAAAAAAUGAUAUUGUUAGAUUGUGCAUCAGGGCUCUCCACAUGAUUGAGACAGUCGAAAGCCAUUUCGUAAUCAAUGAACACAAGGUACCAAGACUCUUGAAAUUCAUUAACUUGCUCCAAGACGAUACGUAACAUGACAAUAUGGACCACAUAGGAUCUGUUUGCAGAAGAUGUUGCAGAUAAUGCUAAGAUAGUGUUGUGAGAUAUCCAAGAGGAAACGCGAAUGCCACCGGUAUGUGUGGCUUUCUCGCCUUCGUCGGGUAGGCAGUCUGUCCAAAUGGUGCUGACGGACUGCGGUUUUGGCUCCACGUGUUUUCGCUCGCUCUAUCAAGGCUUUGACGUUACUUCCCUUCUCUAUCUUGCUAUAAGAAUUACCUGCGAAUCACCGGGAAAUGUUUAUCACAUCUACAGGAAUAUGUUUUCAACGAGAUUUCGAAAAAAAUGGCUUUUGGAAAAUUGAUAAACAUUUCUUUUUCGAUCUUUUUGAAAUGGCGCACGUCUCUCAAAGCUAACCAAUAUGUAUUUUCUGAGUAAUAGAGCCACACUAGUGGCGAGUGUAUCGAUUUAGACAAAUCUGAUGAUGGCUGAAGAAGAGUAAGCCGAAACGUAAUAAAUCGAGGCGUUAGUGUGUAGUAAUCACCGAAAAAUAUCAACAAUCAAUAAAUAUACAAUAUGUAUUUUGUUCAAAUACUGUUGCAUUCCAUAUGUCCUCAUAGAGUUUGCGCUGCAGAUUUGUCUGCGCCUCAUUUUUACAACGCUACAUAGAAUAAAUUUCCAGUGAACAUUAGCAAUACCUUCACGACACCAUCACGAAUGCUUACACAGAUUUUUGAAAUCCAUCAUCCAACUCCAUUUCUCAUGCCAUUUUAGAAUAAAUCUAGCGUAACGAAACCAAAAUGAGAACGGAACAUAAAACUGAUUGAAAAUGAACAGUGAAAAAAUGUGUCAAAAAUAGUAUUAAUCAAAGACUGGAUAAUUUUUUACGUAUUUUAAAACCACUAGAUGAAUCUUAAAACAAAACACGUAAAGAUAACGAUAUUGGAGAAGUAAACGUGAAAACCAACCCCCAUGGAUGAGAGUUUACAGCGCUUUUCGAAUGUUCAAUGUUAAUUCCGUUCGGAGUAGCUGCUUUUCGCAGGUGAACCGAACAGAGAAAGUGUGUUACCGUUGCAAAAGUUUUCAUCGUUUUGUACUCCUAUGUUUACUGUUUCAGCCGUUCAAUCUACCCUAUAACAUAUAGUUGUGUCCGUAGAAUAAAAUUAGCAACUACUACCACCACCAACCGAAAACACCUGAGCCCGCGCAAAAUAAAGAAAAAUCUUUUAAAAAAAUCUGAAUCAGAAAAAAAUAACAAAAGUUAAACACAAAAACCGCAAUGCAAUAAUAACAGAACAAACUACAACAAACAAGCAACACUACAAAACAAAAAAAAAAAGCACUGACGACAAAACACACGAUGAAAAGUUAUUUAUUUCCUUUCAUAUAUUACAGAACUAAACCAGAAAGCAAACAGCCAGAAUAAGACACAGUUUUACACUCACACACAAUCAAAACGAACAAAAGUAUUAUUUAGGAGUGAAUAGACACGCUGCAUUUAAAUUUCAACGUACAGUCCAGCCCUGAUGACUAAUGAUGAGGACGACACUGAAAAGAAAAGAAUAGUGAAAGAGAAAAAGCAAACACAGCAAAACAAAGAAAGGUGUAAUAUUUAGAACUAGAAUAGAGAAAUGAAGCAAGCCGGUGAAAACAUUAGGAAAAUAAACUAGCGGAAACAAAACAGUAGUUUAGACAAAAUAUAUUUUUUACGAACUUUUUUUCGUAACGAAGAAAAUCAUAAAAAAAAGAAGCAAACGCAGAAGAUCUGGAGCGCUAUGUUGCUGAAAGUUGCUGAAAACGGAGUCACCAAGGCAGAAAGCGCGCCAUUCCAAACCUAUCCAACCUGUGCGCUAGAACCGCUUCCAGUAUUUUCACACACACACACACACACACACUUGAUUUAGACAACAUGUCGUAUUCGGUCGAAGCACAAUAAUAGUUUUUUCUACUUCUAGCACAAUUUUGCAUUGGCACAAAACACUUCGAAUAUUUUCUUUAGGAGCCCUAGGUUAAUCAAAAGUUUUAUCCCUCCCAAUUGAAUGAUACCAAAAAAGUUAAAAGUGAAAAAUGUUAUUUUUAGUCUAAGUUUUAAAGUUUAUUUUUAAGUAUAACUUCCGUUGAUUAAUUUUAUUGUUGCUAAAAUUUAGAGAACCGCGUUCGUUCAACAACUUUCUCAGCAAAGCUCACACUGAGACGAGGAAAGAUGAUUCAUAAAGUCGUUGCACAGAAAACUUGAAGAAGCAAACACGUGUAUAAAAGCGAAUGAUUUAAAAAAUGAGCAAGGCAAAAAAAUGAAAUCCAAUACGAUUAAAGAUACAUUUAAAACAAUAAAAUAAAGAAACGAAUUUUAUACAAGCUAUAUUUAAGGUAAACUAAGGCAAACAGAGAAGGACGCAUAGAACAAAAAAAGAGAAAAAAGGAAACAGAAACUCUAUGUUACGUAAUAUAAGGUAAUCUGCUACAAGCUAGCAAAGAUUUUGUAAAUUAAUUCCAUUUGGUUCAGAUGUUCUGGAGUCGAUGAACUGUGGUUAAUCGAUAAAGUAGGCAGUACACUGCUGCCAACAGACUGUUUGAUUGGAGAAUUUUUGUAUUCUUUAAGGAAAGCCCGGUAGACGUAUGCGUUUCUGCUGCUAGCAAAUGGAUAUAACCUGUGCAGAGAGGCCAUUCUCUGUGUGUUCUGUUCCGUGUGUUGAACAAUGUAAAUUUAGAGGUCUGAUUAGUGGUUUUAUAGGUCAACAAAACGACAUACAACUCUAUCGGUGGAACUUAGUUUCGACGGAAUGCAUGUGGAGUGAAAGUGCGCACGUAAGGUGGAUACUAUUAGUGUUUUGGGUUGCUUCAAUCAAGUUUUGCUGCAUAGUUUACCAGGAGAGUUUCUGCUGUUUCAAGAAAAAUGUUUUGAUUGGUAUUUAAAAUACACAUAAAUUGCAGUUAUUUUCCUGUUCUGUGGAAUUCCGACCUAGGAAACAUUAAAACUCCAAUAGUUUUUUUUAAGCAUUUAUGAAACAAAUUGGAAAUGAGGUGUAAACCCACAGUAAAGAAGUGUAAGUCGCAAAUAUCACUUUUCGAGAAAACGACUGCAUAAUAGUUAAAUAAUAAUUUAUCUUUUGAACUUAAAACAUAGAAAGGUCAUUAAAAAGCUUCAAUUUUGAUGAAACUUUAUCCACUCUGCAUUUGCUGCCGUAAUUCUACAAAGUGACGUGAGCGCCAUUCCAAAUUUGGACGUCCUUUGGCAUAUAUCUGGUGAAAUAAUUACACGGUGAUUUGCCUGCUAUAUUAGGAUGCAAUAUCUACUGGAAAUCUAGCAUUUAUGAAAGAAAACAUAGCGAACGAUCAAGAGUUUGAUGAACAAUAACCAAAAAUUGUCAAUGUCGCUUAUGUCACUUUGCAGAGGAACGGCAGUUUGGUCCUCUUACAAAAGGGAAGUCAAAACAUUUUCCAAAAAAAUAGCAGAUUACAUUCCAUUUUAUACGAGAAACUUGAUUAGUAAGUACUCAAUUUGAGUUGAUUUUCACAACCAUCACGUCAACAACGGAAAACUUCCGCUUCAUCUGUCAAACCACUUUAAUAGGCAUGUAGAAGUCAGGUGUAGAAAAUUGUGUAAAUUUCAAAUCUUUUCUUUUAUAAAUGGUACAGUAGACUUUCGAUACUAGGUGCACGUUUUACAUAUUCACUGCAACGGGUUUUGGCUGGUAACUAUGCUGGCAGUUGCUGUCAGUCGUUAUUGAUUUAUCCAAAGAUUCAUGUUGGCUCUUCAUUUUUAAGAAUGGUGAAUCGAUAACUGCAAAACGGUUGUGCGAUAUCUGCAACAUAUUUACGUUUCGCUUAUCGAAUGAAAUUCGACAGUUGCAACAACUGACAGACGUCAAAGUGGUGUUGAUAUUUUAUUUUGACGGAAUACAGUAACCGUUGCAUUUAGUGAACUUUCUUUUAAAAAAGCAUUAAAGUUAAAGCGUUUCCUUCGAGCAAACAUCUGCUGUACCUGUUGGAGUUUUAGUAAAAAUGUAUUGCAGUCAACUAUCUAACACGAUCGAAUGUCCACUGUAUAAUUGGAAAAUCAUUGUUUAAAUGCGAUUUAAAAUCUCAGUCUUUUUUCAUUGAUAUUGAAUUCGCGUCAAAUACGUAUUUAUUUCAGGUAUGUAGUUCUAACAAUCGUCCGCAUUUUGAAAGAAAAUAUUUGAAAUAGACCCAAUUUUCGCUAAAUACUGACAACCUAAAAAAAAUGUUACAAGCAGAUUUGUCGAGUGAGAAUUUCAACGUCACGAUCCGUUUUUGCUAGGCUAUAUAUCUAUGUCUUUUUGCUGUUUAUAAGCUGUUUUUGUUGUUGGAAUGAGUGUAGAAACAAUGGAUUCGCGAUGUCAGUAGAAGAAAUACAGACGACAGUUUCAUCACAUAGCAUGCAUGUAUCACUGACACAAACUCACACAACACACAAUACACAUACACGAAAUCACAACGGCUCACGAUAAAUACUCUUUCGGAAGUUCUUUUCUCACUCUCUUGAUAUUUUCACUGUAUUUUCUUAAGAAUUUUGUCGUUUCCAGGGGUGGAAGAAAAUAAGAAAGCUGGAUAAUAAAAAAAACAGAGCUCGUCAAACCGAAAACGCAUUUUAAACACGAAAAAGUAAAAAAAAAGAAACAAACGGAUAAUCAUCGCAACCAAAAGAAAAUGAUUACCAUAAAUGUAAUUUGUUGUAUUAAGGAUCAUAAGUCACAUAAGAAGUGCAUAUUUUUUUCGAGCAUACGCUAGUUUUACAAUCAACAGUUGUUUUUCAUUUCAUUCUUCUUGAUCUUCUUUGACGGUUACAAAUCGACUUAAGUCCCUUUUGUGUGGUUCACGCAUUGAAGCAAAAAGGUAUGUUAGUUUUACGUUACAACUUGAAAAGAAUCGAUGGACUCGUCGCCAUAUACGGAAGAAUCAAAAGAAAUCAUUGCCAUCUGCGAGCCCUGUCUGUUGAGUUUCGCCCAUGGGAAUUCCAAAAGUGAAAGAAAAUGUUAAUUUAUUCGGUGCAUAACUAUUAAAUUGAGGUUUAUUGGACAAGAGAGCAUAAAUCUAACGAGCGGAUGCAAGCAAAGACAAACUACAGCAAGACGGCAACACAUGUACAUAUGAAAAUUGAAGCAAAUAAGUAAUUGUAAGUAAAUAAGUGAUAUUUUCAGUAGUUUUCAAAUGAAAAUAAUUAGUGAGUAAGGGAAAGCAAACGAGCGACCGUGCUAAAGAUGAGAGAAAAGCUAUUUUUAUGAGAAAUUUAUAACUGUAACUGUAUUUGAUAGGGAUGAGAGUGAGUCUGAGAGGUGUGAACCACGUGCUAAUGGUUUUAGUUAUUUCAAACGUACCAGCAGUAGGCAAAACGGUGGUAGAAAACGGAACUAUUUCCGGGCAUGUUUGUUUGGAUUGAUUGUAGAUAAAUAGCAGGUCAUUUAGUUAAUUAUCAAGAAGCGGAUACGACCGAUGAAAGUAAAGACCGAGCGAAGUACAGAAUACUUUCUGAAUUUGAAAUUCUUAUAGUUGUUGAUAUAAAAUUGAAUAAUUCCUUUGAAAUCAGUCUAAGUUACUUUGAAGACUUAUUCAGAUUGUAAAAGAUCGUAAAUAUAAAUUUUUAUGACAAAUUUUACUAAAUGUUUUGGCAUCACGUAAGAUAUUCAUUGUUUGCAUCUUAAUGUUCUAGCUUUUUAAACAACAUGCGAAAAUCGUAAACCAAAAUGCUAUAAUACUGUAAGUAUUAAUCAACCGUACAUUUGCUGGCUUUUCUGCUAUUGAUUCGAAAAGAAGAAUAUAUUUAUUAACCAUUCGAAGCAAAGAAUGACGAAAAAACUAUGAAUAUAGAAAGCAAGGCUUUCGUUGUGCAAGAUAUAUUUAAUAUAGUAAUUGAACCGUUAAGUACAUGAUAUGACUUUAAAUCAAAACCAGCUUAUUAUUCAUUGAUCGAUAGCUUAAUAUUUUACCAGCGUAAAGGCGAGUCCAAACUCAAAAGCAAAUGGAACAAACCGAAACAGUCCCAAAUAAUUAAUCAGUAUCCAUGUUUGAUUCCAAUCGGAUGGCCCAAAGCAGCCUGUAUAAAUACAACUUGUUUGUGCUGACACUGACAAAUAUGGCGACGGGUGUCCUCUAUCGAUUCUAAUCAUGGUUUGGAAAAUAUCUUCACCUUGGAAGAAGUGAAUGAAAGUUAUAGCUUAAAAUUCUGCUAUGUGCAUAUUAAAUUUAAGGAAAAAAAUAAACGUACGUUCCUGUUACAAAAAUGAA